AUGAACCAAUCAGUUAUAUAUAUUAAUUCACAAAAUCAUGAUCAAGUCAUUGAAUCUUCAGAUGUUGUUUUUACGGCUUUUUGUGCAGAUUGGUGUCCAUUUAGUAGGAGACUUAAACCUAUUUGGGAAGAAGCGGGUAAAAAAUGGGGAGAAAAAUAUCCUGGUACCAGUGUAACAUUUGCUAUUGUUGAUUCAGUACAAGAAUCUGAGGUUGCUGAUAAAUAUUAUGUCAAUAAGUUUCCUACAAUGAAAAUAUUUAUUAAUGGUGAAUUAGCAACAAAAGAAUAUAGAGGGGCAAGAAAUGUUGAUGCAUUACAUGACUUUGUACGUCAACACCUUGAAUCAGCUAUAAAAGAAUUUACAUCAGAUAAUGAAUUGGAUAGAAAUAUGAAUAAAGAAAAAAGAAAUAUUGUUGGAUAUUUUCAGUCACCAGAUGCUCCUGAAUUUAAAUAUUUUAAAAAAAUUUCUGCAAUUCUUAAAGAUGAUUGCUCAUUUUGGUUUUCAAAAAGUGUUACUAAACCUGGUUAUGGAAAUGUUGUUGUUUUUCAUGAUCCAGAUACUAAUGAUGAACAAAAAUAUACAGGAAAUUUAAAUGAUUAUGAAUUUCUUAAAACAUGGAUUACUGAUAAAUGUAUACCUCUAGUUAGAGAAGUUACAUUUGAAAAUGUUGAAGAAUUAACUGAAGAAGGAUUACCAUUCUUAUUAUAUUUCCGUGAUCCAAAAGAUACAGAAGGUGAUAAAAAAUUUACCAAUCUUGUACAAUCAGAAUUAAUGGAACAUAAAAGUACUGUUAAUGCUUUACUUGCUGAUGGUUUUAAAUUUGCUCAUCCACUUAAACAUCUUGGAAAAACUUCACAUGAUCUUCCUGUUGUUGCUAUUGAUUCAUUUCAACAUAUGUUUUUAUUCCCAGAUAUGUCAAAAUUAUAUGAACCAGGUCAAUUAAAGAAAUUUAUUAUAGAUCUUCAUUCUGGAAAAUUACAUAAAGAAUUUCAUGAAACACUUGACCAAAGAUUGGCUGAUUUACAAAAGUUUGCUGAGGAACAAGCUAAAAUUGAACCUAAAGAUGGAUCCGCAGGACCACCUUCAGCUGUCCCAAUACCUGAUGGUACACCAAAACCAUCAGUCUUUAAAGAACUUAAACCAUCUGAAAAAAGAUAUUCACUUUUAGUAAAAAAUGAACUUUAA